CACUGGCUCGGCGAUGUAAAUCGCUUAUAUGCAUAUAAUACCGGUGACGUUUUAGGCCGCCAGAGCUGACCAUUUUGCACUGCCCUUUAGCAUGCGUCAGCCUUACCACGCGCGCAGCUCCGGGAACAGUCCAUGCGCUCAUCUCUCACAAUCACCACCGUGUCUCACACGCCUUGUGAUGACCGUGAAGCUGAGCUGGUGACGGGACUGUUUGUCACACCAGACCUACCUGCUUGCUCUUUGCAAACCAUGCGCACGGAUUGAUUUUUCCUUCGCUGAAUGGGUCUUGAAGUGCUGCUUCAGCUUUAUUUCCUUUCUAUUUCCUGCUAGCCCGCUUCGCCUAACCUGCCUAUGGCCCCAGGCAGAACCUUACAAUACCACGGAAUCUCUGCAGUACACGAUCGCAGAUCUCACUAUUGAAGCGAUGGGAUCCAUAUCUCAGAUAGCCUUGGGCGUUCUUGCCAUCGCCGUUGCGGUUUUUGUCAUUUUCUUCGGGAGGCUUCCAGCAUUACGAAAUACGCCGAUAGCAUGGCUUCACAGAUUCUUCGUAGUGCACGUACCGAAUGGAAUUGUCGCUCUUGACCAGCGCCUCACAAGCGGGCGCGCAACUGCUGCGGUGGGCCGUUUCGCCCACACCUUCAUGUACGGCCGGCACCCGACGGUGCUGAUCUUUUUCUUCCUGCUGCUCACGGUGGGCGAGUACAUGUACCUGCCCGGGGCAUGGCCCCGGUUCUCGACCCCCAACCAGGUCUUCGGUGCCAUCUCCAUCGUGUUGCCGUACUGGUUCCUGUAUCUGGCGGCGUACCGGGACCCGGGUGUCAUCACGCCGGCCACGCACUCUAAGUACAUGAGCCAGUACCCGUACGACUUUGCGCUGUUCCAUCCGGGCCAGGUGUGCCGGACCUGCAACAUCAUCAAGCCGGCGCGAUCCAAGCACUGCUCCGUGUGCAACCGGUGCGUGGCCAAGAUGGACCACCACUGCGUUUUCAUCAACACGUGCGUCGGGUACGAAAACCAGGGGUACUUCGUGCUGUUGUUAUUGACAACUGCCUGGCUGACGACGUAUUGUGCCAUCCUUGGCACCGGACUCAUCGCCGAGAACAUCCAGGCACGGCACCCGGGCUGGCGGUUUUGGAAACCUGCCCGCUUCACCUGGCACGAUUACUUGGUCUUGCUCACGUUCGGCAUCCAGGAUGACGUCGGCAUGGGCUCUGUGACCAUGCUGGCAAUGCUGACCAGCCCGCUGGUCUGGGGUUUGUUGGGAUACCAUCUGUACCUAAUCUACUGCGGCACGACGACAAACGAGAGCAUGAAGUGGCAGGACUGGCAGUACGAGAUGGACGACGGCUUCGCCUUCAAACGCAGCUUACCGCGUGACCGUGUCAAGGAUCUGAGGUGGGAGCCGGCCUGGACGCGAUGGCCUGUGGAGAGCAUGCAGGUGCUCGUGCGGACCGACGAUGGCAGUCCGCCCGAGGCGGAUGGGGCAACACCAGGGGUCGGAGAAUGGGAAAGGGUGUGGCAUCUGCGGGACGUGGAGAAUCUGUACGAUCUAGGGUUCUGGGACAACCUGCUGGAUGUGCUGAUACCGGGCUACUCGUUCAGGGACGAGGUCGUCACGGAUGAGGAGAGGGGCCGUCGCAGUAAAAAGCCCAAGGAGACGAGGGCCAGUGCUGUUGUUGAUGUUAUUACGUGACCAUGGAAUAUCGUGUACGAUGCAGUCCGGGUUGUGCCUUAGCUUGAUUGAACAUGAAUGAACAACUAGA